AUGAAGUCUAUUCAAAUAAGUCAAUUAAAGGAAGAAGGCUUUUCUUGUAUAGAUCUUAUAGAGAGUACACUUUCACUUUCUAAAACUGAUAUGAAUCUAACAUUAAAUGAAAUAAAAGAAAUGUUAGCUGAUGUAGAGGGUUUACGAGAAGCCUUGUUUUUUAAACAAGAGAAAUUGUCAGGUCAACUUAGAGCUGUAAAGGAUAAAAUAAAUGAAAAUCAAAUUUUAGAUCUGCAUAAACAACUGAAAUCUUUAAAACUUGAUUCACUAGGAGAGACCAAAAUAGUGUUACAAAGAAAUAAAGAAAUUUUUGAACUUAAAUUAUUAAACAGGGUUUUAAGAUAUACCAUUGAAGUUGAAAAAGAUAACUAUAAUGUUUUAACUGCUUUAAUUAAAAGUGAAGAUAAAGAUGAUUGGAAUUUUUUAUGUUUUUACUUAAAAAAUACACUGGAAUUUUUUAGCGGAGAGAGGAAAGAACACUUACUAAAAAUAUCUAAAGAUAUUCAAGAUAAACUUUUAAGUGUAUUUGAAGAAUCAAAAAAAAUUAAUAACAAGACGAUGAUGAAAUCUGCUAUUACUGCUUUAGAUGAACUUGAUAAUAAUCACACACUUUUACAAACAUAUAUUUACGAUAUGGAAAUAUUUCAAAAAAAAUAUUCAAUGAGUCAUCCACAUUGUGAUGAAAUAGACAUUGAAUUGUACGAUGAAGAAAAUAAUAGUUUUUUGGUUUUUAUUAAUGAUUUAAAGAUUUCAUAUCAGGAAAAUUUACUAGAUAUAUCUGAAAUAUUUAAUAAUUAUGAAGAAGCAUACAAAAUCAUAAAUAUAAAGAUCUUUGAUGAUCUUAUUUUUCCAAACUUAGACAAUUUUCUACAAGGCACUAUUCCUUUUGUAUAUUUAUUUUCUGUAGAAAGUGCAUAUAAAAAUAUUUAUAAUUUAGGGAUUUUUAUAGAAAGUGUAUCAGUAAAUUUUAGUAGUAAAGCAGUUCAUGACGAAUUUGUUAAUAAAUAUUCUGCAAUGUGCAUUGAUGAAGAAAGAGCUUAUUUUAUAGAAAUUUUUAAUAAACUUGUGUAUGGCAGUAAAAGUAUAACAAGGUAUGUAUAUAAAAAUGAAACUAUUGUAUUUUCUAAAGAUUAUAAUUAUAUUAUAAACGUGUUAGUGUAUUUAAUUAAUACAUUUUAUUUUAGAAGUGUAUCAUUUUAUAAUGAAGAAGAUAUAUCUGAUAUGUGUAUAUUUUAUGGUGAAUACUUAAGUAAAUUUUUAGAAGUAGUUUAUGAUGAUAUACAAAAAAAAUUAGAAGCAAUUUAUCAGAUACAACAAAUAACAUUAAGAAUUAAAAAUUGUUUUAAGGAUGAUUAUUACAAGCUAGAUAAUUUUAUAAAAAAAUCUGAUAAAUUAAUAAAUAAUGCAUUAGAUUGGGAGAUUGAUCAAUGUAAAGGCCGUAUUAAACAAUUUAUUGGACAAAUAUUGUUUUAUAGGCCCGAAUCAGAUCUUCUUGUACUUGAAUAUUUAAAAAAAGAGGUUUUUGAAUCUAAAAAAAUCAAAGGACAACCACAGACAGAUUUUAUAAGAAAAAUUUACAAUAUUGCAUAUGAAAAUCUUAAGCAGAAAAUUUUUCAACUUAAAUUCUCAAUUUCACAGAAAAAAAAUUUAAUUAACUUUAAUAAAAAGUUUAUACAAACUGUUACACUUACUGGAGAUUAUCAAAUUAUAGCAAAUUAUAAAUAUCUUGAAAAUUUAGUUAUAUUAAUUACAGUUGAUAAAUCAACAAUUAAAGAAAUCUACGACAGUUUAAAGUACAAAAUUAAUAAAAAUGAUUUGAAAAAGGCUAUGAAGUGUCGCAAUGAAAAAGACACUGUUUAG